UAAAGCCACUAAUAUAAGAAAAAUCGAGAUGAAAUUUAUCGGAAAGGCAAAAACAUUUUGGGUGGCAGGUCUUGGAAGUGAACAACAAGCAUAUACCGAAAAACGCGAAACUAUAAACCAUCAAAUACAUUUUUUAUCUUCUCCAGCGGUUGAAGAUUCUUCUCAGCAUGGUAAAUUUGAAUUCAAGAACCUAACAAAAUUCAAAGACCGGUCGGCCACAAACACAUUUUCUGCUGGCUCACACGUAUAUCCAUUCGAAAUAUUCAUUCCCGGCGAUCUUCCAGAAACCGUGAAAGCCGAACAUGGGAGCGUAAAAUAUAAAUUGAUAGCAGAAGUAUCACGAUCCAUGCUGAGAUCAAAACUCGUAAAAAAAUGUGACAUAAAAGUCAUUAGGAUUUCACCCGAUUACGAAGUUUCCGAGGGAAUAGCUCUAUCGAAAGAUUAUGAUUCAACUUUUAAUUACGAAGUCUCAAUUCCUCAGAGUGCUUAUCCUCUCGGACAAACAAUUCCAAUUGAAGUCAAGAUAAUUCCUCUCGUCAAAAACCUAAAAGUUCAUGGUAUGUUGGUCGAAUUAUUGGAAGAAUCCAUUUACACUGCAAAUGGAUUACAAGCCGGAGUUACCAAAGUAGUAUCGACACUCAAUGUUGACAAUUUAAAUCACUCACAAGACCAAGAUGAUGAUGAUAUGGUAAACAUAAGUUAUCAUGAAAAUUUAAGUUUUUCAGUGCCGAACGAAAUCAAUUGUUCCAUGAAUACUCCAUUGAUCAAUAUAAGUCACGUAUUGAAAUUUUGUUUCAUCGUGACUUUACCUCACAAUUCCGGUCAAGAUUCGAGAACAAGGUUAUUUGUGAGAUGUCCUAUUACAAUAGUUUCCUGUACGGAAGUUGGACGAUUUUUUGAUUUGCCCAAUUACGAAGAAAAAUAUUGUUCUUGUGGCCCCGAAUAUCAAAGGGUGGCCAGAUUAGUCUUGGGAGAAACUGCGACUGAAGGUUACGACUGUAGCGGUAGGGCUGGAAAUAUAGAAUCAGGAACAACAGUCACG